CAAUUAAGUACCUAUCUAGUUGAUGAGAUUAAUGGCUAAUGCGUAAUGUGAGUUAUGACAAAAGAAAUCUGUGAUGUUUAUAUGCCCUCCCCCCACAAAAAGGGAAAUCAAACUCUAGAACCGCCACAGGAAACGAAAAAAAAACAAUCUUGAAAUUACCGAAUACCGAGUCGCCGAGAACAGCGAAAAAUAAUAACCACGACGACGUCGAUAACGAACAAUAGGCGAUAAGCGGCGACAGCCGACAAGUGGCGAUCAGACAUCAGCUGCUGCUGCUGCGGUCGGAACGGGCAUUACGCGCGCGCGGUCUCGAUCCGAACGUUAUCUGCCGAUUCGCAGUAUGAGUAGAAGAGAGGAAAAAAAAUAACGACGGAACAAAACAAAAACAAUGCACCACCGUCCACCGCCGCCGCCGUCGCCGCCGCCGCCGCUGCCUGUUACUCAAGGGCGCAUUUGAUAACAAUGCGAAAUCGUCUGCGUUUCUCUCGCACGGUUCCGUCGUCGGCGAAUCACACGGUGCCAGUCGGAGAAUCGUUUGCCGCGGACCAGAGCCACGACUGUCGCCGCCGACGGCCAUCGCGAGGUGCAAACUGAGGUGCCUGAAAGAAAAUUGCCGCACGAUAACGCGUGUGUUACCGGUUGCGCCGCGGCGAUAGCAACAGCAACAGCAACGGCAGCGCCAACAACAGCGACAACAACAGCAACAGCAUCAGCGACAGCAGCAACAGACUACGGCGCCCGUGUGGUGGUCGCGAACUCCUCCGCCGCCACACCCGUCCGACGGUUAUAUCCGGCCGCACGUCGUUCAUUUAGUCUAACCUAACCUCCCCGUGGUUGUCCGGGUACGUGUUCACCACCCAUAUCGUUUGAUAGCUAGUCGUUCCGCUCGCACGGAACCGUUUGGAUACCACAUCCAUCUACACAACGUCCAUUGGUCCACAAACCGACAGGGAAACGCACUGCCAAAACACAAGGAAUAUGCCUUCGGUAUGGGAUCCAAAGACUGUCAAUGGCCAAAAAAUGAAUCCAAUGUCCAGAUAUCACCAGGUCGCCAAUUGCGAUCACAUGUUUUUCAAUUAUGUCCAAAUUGUAAUCAACCUAUUCAAGGUAAGACUGGGCAACAAAAUGUUUGUGUGUGUUUGUCUUCCACCCCAACUACAACGAGCGAUCCUGCUUUUGCUAACCAAUCAAAAAAAAGGAACAGAAAAACUUUACAAUUACCAGCCACAUGUAAACGUCAGCUGUUUGAUGAAUGUUAUGAACAACCUGAAAGCACGGUGAGUAUAGCCGAUACCCAAAAACUAACAGUGGCUGAGAGUACGGAAAGUGGUGAGAGUUCAAGUACUUCUAUACAACAAUUGCAACAACAACAACAACCUGGAGUCAAUCAGAUGUUGAGAGGUCGACACAUAUGUCAAGUGUGUUUUAAGUCGUUUACUAGUCCAUGUAAAUUGACACAACAUUCUUAUUCACAUACUGGUGAAAAACCAUUUGUAUGCAAACAUUGUUCAAAAGCAUUUUCUUCAAAAUUCAAACUAGUUCGUCAUGUAUUAAUACAUUCUGACCAACGUCAAUAUCAUUGUACAAUUUGUGAUCGAACAUUUCACAGGAAAGACCAUUUGAAAAAUCAUGCCAAAGUACAUAAUCCCAUUAAACGGACUUUACAAUGUGAUCGCCCUGGUUGCUCAAAAGAGUACAGUUCAGUGCUUAGUUACCGUAAACACAUAGCUGUACAUUCCGUAGAAGAAGGAUUCCUCGACUGUAAGAUUUGUAGUAAAGUAUUUGAAUCCAAAGAUGAACUCAUGUACCAUUUGAAAAUACAUUCAGGAUCGAGGGUAAUAAAGACUCCAGCUGAUAAGAAAUAUCGAUGCAACUUUUGUGACCGUAGUUUUUACACUGGUAAGGAUGUUCGUCGACAUAUGGUUGUGCAUACUGGUCUGCGAGAUUUCCUAUGUCAAUUUUGCCCCCAACGAUUUGGUCGUAAAGAUCAUCUUACUCGGCACAUAAAAAAGAGUCACAACAUCAAUGCGAGUAAAAAAUCUAAACCAAAAAAACCAACUGAACUGUACAAAAGUAAAUCGGUUGAAGCAGUUUAUCUUGAAACAUGUGGUCAGCCAUAUAAGUUAGAAAGGAAAGUAGCAGAAACAGUUACUAGUGGAGAUUUCAUAAAACAAGAAAAUUCAACAGUUUCUAGUGGAGAUUUCAUAAAACAAGAAAAUCCUUCUACAAUGUCAGAAAUAGAAAUGUUCCAUUCGUCUAAUAUAACUAGUUUUAAUUAUAGUGAAAAUAAUAGUGAGACAGUUAUUCAAACUGUUGGAUCAUCCAGUGAAGUAAAUUUACCAGUUAUAAGCUAUGAACCUCAAGCGUCAUAUCCAGUCGAUGAACUGAAAGUAUUUGAUACCACCUUGACCAACCAGCUAGCAGACAAUUACGAAGAGUCAACCAAUCCUGAAAUGCCUGGAUUAUCUCAAUUGAUUACUUUGAUACCAUCAUCUUCAACACUAACUAACAUCGAGCCUAAUCUUUCAAUACUGACAAGUCACGAACCAACUAAUUUGCCUACUCAACAUGUAGUUGUACAUGAGCCGACACAACUUCAUGUUGGUGAAUACCUUACGUCUUCAUCAGAAAUACUGUCCGCUCUUUUACGACAAACUUCUGAAACAGGUACUACACCGUUACCAGGGUUCAAUCAAGUUUUUCAUCAACAACAAUAAUAGUUCCAUUAAAGAAAUAUUAUGUAUAUAUUAUUUAUGUAUAUACAUAUUUAUCUAGUCAGUCAUCCAUAGUAGUUCAUUUACAUUUACCUUUUCAGAUUAUAUAUUUACUUUAGGUACACAAACCUUAUUAAAAAUAAAUUAUUUUUGACUAAAUAUUUAAAACUACAAUUGCGCUUUAUACCUUUACUGACUUACUACAGUAACAUAAUAUAUAUAUAUUAUACAUAUUAUAUUAUUUCAUGUCAGAUAUUUUUGUAGAUUGAAUGAUAUCACUUGUCAUUUGUUAAUAUGCUGUCUACAACCAAUACGUAGUGUAAAGUCAAAAUAUAUAUAUUACAAUAUAUAAUCUAGUCUUCAAACAAUGCAUACUAUGUUAGCGUUAUGUUUCAAUAGUUUCAGUGUGUUAUUUUUUUACAAAGAAUUGUUAAUAUAAUUUUAUUACAUAUUAUAUUUAUUUAUAUAUAACAUAUACAAAUAAAUAAUUAUGUGGUUUGUUAAAUAAUUUUAUGUUUUAUUUAAUCUUUUGUAAAUGAUGUUUAUUAUAAUUUACGGAUAUAAGAUUAAGAUUGCCGUUGUCAAUAUUAUACCAAAUCAUGUUCUGAAGAAGAAUGACCCGGCCAAUAAACCAUUUUAGUUUUUAAACUUUUAUGGGCAUGUUAUUAUUAUUAUUAUUAUUAUUUUUUUUUGGGAUAAUAUUAAAAAGGAAAUACUAUGUUUUUGUUUUCAGAUUGUAAAUUUGAUUUUAUAUUUUGUGUGUAUGUUAUAACAGGGACCAAAACCAGUACUCAUAAGUUCCUAGUGCUACACAUCUAAUUGUUGUAAAUAACAUAUAAAUAGUAGUGGUAUAAUGUAUGUUAUUGCACAAUGCUAUAAUAAACUUGUUACAACCGUGACUGCAAGUGUUUGUAAACAUACAGAAUAUAUAAACAUGUAUUUUUUUUUAUGUAUUAAUAGUGUACCUGCUAUAUGUUGAUUAAGACAGAACCAUAAGAUAAUAAUUUUAAAUUUAAUUUGUAUAAUCCGUUUAUUAAUAUUGAUUUAGCCAUAUAUUUUCUUGCCGUGUAAAAAGAUCUAAAUCUUGUAAUUGAUAUAAGAGCUACACAUUUUUUUUUUUUUUUACUAUUUUGUCUAAUUGUUUUAUACCAAGUUUUUAUAAAUUUGAUACAAAAGUAGCAAUCUAAUUUUAUACUAUGUAUUAUAAAUCUGUUAUUGAAAUUUGUUCUACAGAUUAUUUGACAUUUAAUAACUAAUUUGGUAUUGCUGUGAAAGAAAUGACCUGUAAUUUUGAGCUGUGUCAAAUUUUUUAAUUAAUUCCAUGUGUUCAUUAACGCUUACAAAACAAUAUAUAAAUCAUUAUUAUUUAUAUAAUAUUAAUGUUUACCUAACCUUUAUGUUGUUCAUAAGAGUACAACCGUUACCGUUGUUACCAAAACUAUUUUUAUAUGUCUAUACUCUAUACAAAUAUAAUGUUUAUGCGUGUUUCAUAAUAAUAAUAAAAUAAUAAUAGUUGGUUAAGAAUUUUAUUCUCUAAUAUUUUUUCUAUGUUUUAUUUGUUAUUACUUACAAGUUGUGGUAAAUCAUAGAGCUUAUUCAUUUUUAAGGCAGUUAUUAUAUUAUUUUUGUUAUUUAUAGAUAUAUUUUUUACUAUUAGAUGUGUCUUUGUUUUCAAUCAUGAUUGCGGCCUGUAUAACAAUACUUUUUUGACAAUAAUCACUUAUUAUUGAAAGUUGUUUAUUAAAACAUAUCUAUUGUUUCAGUAUUCCGGUUCACAAAAUAUUUUGAAUUUUCAUUUAAACUUUUGUAUUUAAGUCUUAAUCUUAUAAAUAGGUUCUGGUACUUACAUAAUGAAUUGUGAUUUACUACAAUGCAAAAUUAUUACCAAAAUUGUGACAAUAUUUAUUAUCUAGUAAUAUUGUAAUUUUAUAUUGUUGAACUAGAGUCUAGAAGUAACAAUUAUUCAUUUUUUUAAAUACAUAAAAGACAUGUACCUUAUUUUAUACAUUAAUUUGUCUGUAAGGUUUAUUUUAUUAAUAUAAUUAUAAUUUGUUUUUUUAUUUUUUGUAAGUUUAAGGAAAGCGUUUCUGUGAUAUUAUUGUUACAAUAGUUAAGUACAAACAUUAUAAUUUGUUAUGUUUUAUGAUUAACAGCUUUGGUUAGAGUUUGAUGGUUCAUUUAUUAUUAUAAUUAUUAUUAUUAUUAUUAUAUUAUCAUUAUUUUAUUAAUAUGUAUUUUUAUUUGAUUUAUAUACACAUACUUAUAUAUUUUGUAAAUAUAAACAGAAAUUGGUUAAACAUUUUAUUAUUCACAGGGAACUCGUGUAGCGCAAUCAAUACUUAAACGUUCUUUUCAUAAAAUAUAGUUUAAUAAUUCUGUUGACUGUCAUUGCUUUUUACUUAAAUUUAAUGUAAAUAUAUUUUUAUGUUCCAUUAAUAAUCUUUUUAAUUCAUUUUAAAUUGUAAUCUACAGAACAAUUUAGCAUCGCCCUAAGUUUAAAUGUUAUUUUUAUCAGUU